AUGGUUUCUCACACAAUCACAGGCCAGAAUGAGGGCGAAGAAGUACCUGUCAUUGAUCUUUCUCUUUUGGGUAAUGGACAUGAUUCAGAAAGCAUGUAUGCUCAAGUGAGAAAGGCUUGUGAAGAAUGGGGGUGUUUCGUGGUGGUCAAUCAUGGAGUUAAAGAGGACAUAAUUCAUCAAAUGGAUUCAUCUACCAGAGAUGCAUUUGCACUCCCCAAAGAAACCAGACAGAGAAACAUUUUUCAAAGACGGAACGUGAGUCACAUCGCUGAUUUGCCUGCAAUGCCGUUUUACGAGAGCUUUGGUGUGCCUGGAGCACCAGAUCCAGAUGCCAUUCAGAAGUUUUCAGAUCAACUGUGGCCUCAAGGAAACCCUCAAAUCUGCAAAAUCAUCGAGCAAUACACUUCAGCCGUUGAACAAUUGACGAUCAAUAUCAUCACAGUAAUUUCCAAAAGCUUUGGAAUUACGGAGUAUUAUGAAUCACAGUUUUGGGAUCUUCUUCGCCUGAACUACUAUGAUAUACCACCAAAUAAAACAGGAGGCGUCUCACCCCAUGCUGAUCAUGAUUUUAUAAAAGCAUGGAGUAAUGGGAGGGUAUGGAACGGCAUUCACAGAGUGAUAAUGGAAGAAUGUAAGCCUCCUCGUGUGUCACUGCCAUAUUUUUACUACUUUUCAGAUGAGGUAGUUAUAAAUGCACCACCAGAAUUAGUUGACGAGAAUCAUCCACGUCUGUAUAAACCAUUCAAGCCUCCAGAGUUCCGAGCAUUCUAUGGAGAUAUUUCGUACAAGAGAUAUCAAAAGUCUGAGACUUUCCUAAGUGAUACAGCACCACCCUUCAUUGACAUGUUCGCACUUAUUACAACAGAAUAG